CGUCUUUGCCAUUUUUCUUGGGCAGUUGUAUCUGCAGUUUUCUCAGCCUCCCCACCACAUCUAAGCUAGCGAACUUGAUUAAACUCUUUAGAAAGUCUCAAUCUUUUCACUGCUACCUCUCUAGAAUCACAUAAUUUCUGAUCUGCGUCGUGUUUAAAUUCCCAUUCAGAUAAGUGGAUUCACCAUUUUUGUUGCACUUGCUCCUUUGUUUUGAAAACCAUUGAUAAAAGGAACCCAUUUGUUUCUUUGGGUCUUUGGUGAUUCUUGAUUGGGAAAUUUUAGAUUCUGAUAAGUGGUUCUUUCUCAACAAUGAUGCAAUUGAUGGAUAUGUUCCGUGAGGAAGAAGGUAGGAAAAGGAAUAAAAGUUCUGAAUUUUGACUAAACUGGGGCCUUGGGAAUCAAAAUCCUCCAAUUAUUUCUGUGAGUGAGGUUAAGUAUUUGCCAUGUUUAUCAAUUAAAGCAAUUUAGGAUUGGCUUAUAUGGUCGGUUGAUCUCAUUAUCAGAUUCUUUAGUUGUUUGAGUUUUUAUUUUUCAAGCAACUUCAGAGUUCAGACAGCUUUAGAAAAUGGGGAAGUACAGAGGGAAAGGGAAGAAGCAGACUGUUAUUGCUUCACAUGAAGAUCCUGCCAAUGGUGAAGAAAAAUUCCCUGCCUAUAAAAGAAGAGGAAGGCCAAUAAAACCACUGAAGGAUGAUAAUGAAGUAGAAGAAGAAGUUUCAAAGAUAAAUGAAGAUGAAAAGGACACGAAAGAUCCCAUUUCUUCUAAAGAUUUGAAAAGUCAAGCUGCCAUUGAGAAUGGCCGGAAAAGGCAGAGAUCUGAACAUACAAAAGAAAAUGGAGAUUCAGUUAAAGAGGAAAAUGGUGUUGGAACAGAAUUGGAUACUGGUAUUUCAGUGAGUAUUGGAUUUCGACAAAAUGGAAGCAGGCGAAAAAACAAGCCUAGGCGGGCUGCUGAAGCUGUUGUUGAGUGCAAGUGAAGUUCAGUUUUGUUGUUUUAAUGGUUUCAUAUCUUCUUCCUAUCAUGGGAUAAAUCUUGACCAUGAAAGCAGAGCUUAUUAGCUUAAUUUUGGUUAGAUGCUUAUUUUUGUUAUAUGAUAUUUCUUUUUGUAAUUGUUGAUUCCAUUUCUUAGUAAUAGAUCAUUUUGAUUCAGAUGCUAUAACACAAAGUUGUGCAGCAACUUUCCUCCAUCCGAAAUUAUUUGCCAUUGUUCUGCAAUUUGGAUAUGCUCAUGAAUAAAGAAAAUCAUUGUUUUCA